AUGGUCACGCAGCAGCAGAGGACCAAGUGCAGCUGCAAGGCCUCGAAAUGUCUCAAGCUGUACUGCCCGUGCUUUGCGAGCUCGGGCUUUUGCGGCCCGGAUUGCACGUGCAAAAACUGCCAAAAUUCACAGCUUACCGCUACAUCUGUGCAUGACGCUAGGGAAACCGUUUUGGCACGGGAUCCGAGAGCGUUUGAGCCCAAGGUCAGGAAUUCCUUAGCCACCGCUAGCGGUGAUAUUCAUAUCAAGGGGUGUAAUUGUCGCAAGGGAUGUGCAAAAAAUUACUGCGUUUGUAGGGAGCUUAGGGUUGAUUGUGGUCCAAGGUGCACGUGUUCGGGGCCAAACGGCUGCCUCAAUGGCAAGAGUGAUGCUUUAGAAGAUCAUCAGUUCAAGAGAAAGGCGGAGCGGAUUUUAGGACCAAUCAAAACAAAACUACCUGCAUCAUCGAUUACUGACUUUCCACGCGCAAGUUCAUCGCAGUUUGGCUCAUUAUCGGGGAUUCGGCUAAUACAAGAACGCAAGCGGCAGAAGCGAGAUAUGGUUACGAAGAUAGGUAUUCAGGCGACACCAGAGGAUGUUGUCAACGUGCUCAGCCCGUCGUUUCCAUCAUUUUCGUUUUCUCCAGUUACUGGAUUGAAAGGGAGUAUCGGUGAUUUCCGCAAGGUUCUCGCCGACAGCGAUGACUUCUCUGCGGCGCUCUCUUUACAAAGGGGCACGCCAAAUCAAAGCAAGGCCGCCCCUGACCAGCAUUUCGACUUCAGAGACGAAAAGGGGGACAAAAGUAUGGCGGAAACGCCAGGCGUCUCAAAUGCGUUGCCGACUACCCAAGAGACCGUGCUUGUGACGUCUGGUAUUCCAGACUUGUCUGAACACAUAUCAAGUCAACUUAGUGCCGGAGGUUCAGAGGGUGAGAAGAAGGGUGGCCAGCUGCCUCGGUCUUCCCUCGACCUCAGCGAGAAGGAGAACGACAAGAGCACUCACAAUUUGGAAGCACCAAACGAGUUGCCUCGAGCGCCUGGGCUGCCGAAAAAGCGACGACCAUCGCCCGCCAAACUUGAGACGGAAUUUGACAAUGUAGCAAACGAGUCGCAGAUAUUAAACGCCGACAAGGCGCGGACUCCAGUGCGGAGACGGUUGACGUCUGACAUGGAGGCAGCAAGAUCGCCCACCCCUGACGGGAAGGAAGCAGCAACGAGAUCGUGGCCUAGGCUACGGGGAGAUCUGUUCGGCAAAGAAGAAAACAUCGAAGUAUGUCGGUUGCCGCGUAUUCUUCGGGUGAAAAUGGGCUCUGGACGGUUGCUGCGCAAGUUCGAAAUGUAGCCUCCCAACAACUUCUGUCGAUAUGUACAAGUACGAGCACGAGGCUGAUUGCAUGCGUAUAAUAUUUUCGGUUUGACCUUUCUUGCAUGUUGAUAAAAAUGAAGCUAGCUUUUCUCGGGUAAA